AUGAAACCUGUUGUUGGUCCGAUCAGUUGUAAUAUCAAUGAAAGUGACCAGAAAAGUCGACAUUGUCAUCAUCAUCAUCAUCAUCAUCAUCAUCAUCAUCAUCAUCAUCAUCAUCAUCAUCAUCAUCAUCAUCAUCAUCAUCAUCAUCAUCAUCAUCAUCAUCAUCAUUAUCAACAUCACAAACAUCAACACACACGACAUAAACAGGUAUGGCAUUGGGAACAGUUGGACACCACACUCAAUUAUGUCCCCACAUUUUAUUUGAACAACAAAUAUCAUUCAGAUAGUUAUCUGCUUCGAUCGCAUCAACAGGAAUAUCCAGUACCACCGAAUACACCACACAAAUGCACUACAAAAUCAUCAAAAUACCAAUUCACCGAAAAUAAAUACAAUUCAUCUACUUCGUUCACAUUGCACAGGUCAAAAGCAUAUCAUCACAUAUCAUCUCCAGUACCAAUCAUCCAACCAGUUACAACUUCAUUUCGUGUGUGCCGUACUCGAAGUAGGAAUUCAUCAAACUGCACAAUGACAUCUGGUAGAGCUUCCAAGUAUUUGCUUGCUGAACACAUACGGAGUAAAAGUGAAGGGAAACACAUUGACCACAUACACAAAUCACAUCUCGAUGGACACGCGAAAUGCAGCACUUGUAUUGAUUCGACUCGUCGUUCUUCUCAACUUCCAUACAAAUUAUCAAGUUAUUCGUCUUCCAAUAUUCCAUGUUCAAAGAGUGUGAAUGGUGUUGGGGAAUGGGAAAACAUUCGAUAUUCCGAGAAACAAGUGUCUCCCAGUCCACCAUCCACAUCGAACAGAUCUAGUUUGAAGCAAAUGAAACUGACUGGUAAGUUGAUACACAGUUAUUGUCCGUUUCCAAUGUUGUUGAACAAUGAGGCUGAACAACAGAAGUGUAUGAAUUAA